UAUCAAAACAGGUCGGUUUAACAUCUGUAACUUAUUUUUACCUUGAGUUUGUAUUUGUUCGAGCAGACGUCACGUCUUGGCUUAAUACGCCGGACGUCGGGUUUUUUUGUUUAAAAAAAAGUUGACGUGAAUUUAGGCGGGAACUGUUAGGUUCUUUCUGAGAGACACUUUUUGGUGUAGUCGUUUUGUGAUUUUUAAAAGGUUUUCGGGAGUUUAGUGUGUGAAAAUGUGUUUAAAGAUUGUGUUUUUGUUUGUGUUUGUUUUUGUAAGUUCAGUGUCGCCUCAAGGAUCAGGAUCGGGAACUAAUGGGAAAUUACGUCUGUGCGUGGUGGAGGGCCGAGGCUCGUACAAGCGCGCGAGCAGAUACUGCCCCGUGCUCGACCAGUCAGAGUCGGGGGUCGAGUGCGUUAUAGGACAGGACAGAUUGGAUUGUCUUAGGCGCAUGAGCAAAGGCGUGGUUGACUUUGGAGUGUUCAGCCCUGAGGACCUCAUCGCCACACAAUGGGCUAACAUCAAUGUGCUUGUGACGGAUGAAGUCAGGUCGAGGCCGCGAAAAUACGCGAGCACCAUAGUAGCGGUCAUCAAGAAAAGUCUACUGCCAGAACUAGACACAGUGUCUUCUGUGCACUCCAUCUUGAAAGGGUCCAGUAUGUGCCACAUCGGACUGGGUGCUGAUGAGCGACGACCGCUGAGCGAGACGCUCACUGAGUACUUGGAGUCGCUGGUGACGAGGAAGUCAUGCAACAGCGACCUGUCAGUAGCCGAGAACCGUAUCAAGGCAAUGGCUGACAUGUUCGGCAAUUCCUGCCGCGCUGGGCCCUGGGUGUUAGACGCCAAGAGAGAUGCAGAACUCAAGGCCAAGUUCCCCUCCCUUUGUGCGUCAUGCGACCGACCGAGUAAGUGCGACCGCCACGAUCGCUACUGGGGCCCUAGUGGAGCCCUAUCCUGUCUUACCGAGGGCGCGGGAAACUUUACGUGGGCUGAAGCGGACUUUGUAGCGGGAUAUUUUGGUAGCAGAACCGGGUUCGCGAACCCCGGGGACUUCGCGUACCUAUGCCGCGACGGCUCCUGGCAGGAAAUCCACGAGCACGAUGAGCCUUGCGUAUGGCUGCGAAGGCCGUGGCCACUACUCGUCGCUAAAACGAAAGCAGCUGAAGAAGUAAGUCGUCUCGCGGCCAACCUCACCGGCGCCGGCGUGGUGGUGGGCGGGGGGGCGCGCGGCGCGCUGGCCGCGCUGCUCGAGGCGCCCGGCGCGCUGCCGGCGCCGCUGCGGCCGCCCGGCACGCCGCUUGACUAUCUAGCGGGUGCUGGAGGGUUUAGAGAGGCUUACAGCCAGGCCGGAUGUACUCCAUCGAGGCAUAUAGUAAUGUGCACCACAUCAAUCCUCGAGCAGAACAAAUGCGAAUGGCUGAGCGAAGCAGCAUCCGUAUAUGGAGUGGAGCCUGCGGUCCAAUGCCUGAGAAAAGAGGACAGAGCUGCCUGUAUGCAAGCCGUCAAGAAUGGAACCUGUGAUGUCACGGUAGCUAGUGGGGACUGGCUGGUGAGAGCAGAGAGAGACUUGUCCCUCAUACCGAUCCUCCACGAAACUACCCCCAUCAUCAACCAAAGUACAACAGUCGUGGCCUACGUCCGGGAGGACGCGAAAAUAUUCAAGAUGGCCGACUUGAAAGGAACGCGCGCCGCUUUCCCGCGCUUCGACGGUCUGGCUUGGCAUUCUGUGCUACGCUAUCUUGCGAAUAUAGAAAAAAAUACUUGUAAAGAUAUUUUGAAUGGAUUCUUUAAAAGUAUUUGUGCGCCAGGUGUGGCAGAAUAUGUAACGGAUAGUAAGAAGUGGAUAGAGGGGUGUGUGGUGGAGGACGGGAAGGUGGUGGAGGGGGAGGGGGGUGCGCUGCGGUCGUUAGUGGAGGGGAAGAGUGAUGUCGCGUUUUUGAGCAUGGCCACGUAUAACCAAUAUGUUGCCAAACAAAUUCCAGAACCAUGGGUCAAAGAUGUCAAAAUCAAGCCAAUCUGCGCCGACGACAACGAGAAAUACUGCUUCAUAUCCUGGUCCAACAUUGGCCAUGUUUUCGCCAAAAACACUACAGCGAUGCGUCGCCAAGAAAUCAUCAACGUUAUGACGAAAUUAGACCAAUUAUUUGGCAAACAUAACCCAAACCAAGCAUCAGCAGUCAUGUUUUCCCUCUACGGGCCUUAUAACCAUCAGAAUAAUAUCUUAUUCCAUGACAAUACUAAAGCUUUGGCGACGAGCGACGUUAUGCGAACCCAUCCGUACGAUAAAGUGCCUUUGAAUUUCGAACGCAGUUUAAAGGACAUUGACAGCUGUCAUGUGUCAGAUUUGACAGGUGCCGCGGGUAGUGUUGUGCCGAAAUUGGUGUUGAUUAUGUCGAUGGUUAGUGUGUUCUUUUUGUAAGAACUGAAUUGCGAAAUUGUGUUUAGAUUUAAGAUAGAAAUAUUUGACGACGAAGUAGUGAUACAUGAUGCCGAUUAUAAUGAACCAAACCAUCAGGUUAAUAUAUGCAUGGAUUUUUUUUUUUUUUUAUACUACGUCGGUGGCAAACAAGCAUACGGCCCGCCUGAUGGUAAGCAGCCUCCGUAGCCUAUGUACGCCUGCAACUCCAGAGGAGUUACAUGCGCGUUGCCGACCCUAAACCCGCCCCCCCCUCAUUGAGCUCUGGCAACCUUACUCACCGGCAGGAACACAACACUGAGUAGGGUCUAGUGUUAUUUGGCUGCGGUUUUCUGUAAGGUGGAGGUACUUCCCCAGUUGGGCUCUGCUCUAGAUCUGGAAUGACAUCCACUGGCUGUGCCCUACCACACAAAGCAAGAUGACAUUCACAAUGCCCAUACCUCUCUUUUGGACGUAGUUUAAGGACGUACCCGGGUCCAAAAACCUACUUGAAAGUUUCAAAGAGCUACCUUUGAACGUCAAGAACCACUAAAGGCGUCGUUACUAGUCGUGCCCACAGCACCAAGGACAACUAUAGGUGUCAUGGCGUGCGCUGUCAAAGUAACCUUCACACUUUCGAGAGUAAGGUUUACAUUAGCUCCCUCGCGCCCGGGAGCUUGGCGUUUGAGUGAUGUUUGUGUUUAUGAUAUAAAGCGUUCAAAACGUUAAAGACAGGCUACACUUGCUGUAUUAUGUUUCGUAACUAUGCGUUGCCAUAUAUUGCAAUAAAAUGUUAGUCAGAGGAGAUAUUGGUGACAAAGUAAUACAAACAUUUUAGGGAAAGUCAUGUACUGGAAAGAAAAUAAAGUAAUUGUGAUAUUAA